GUUGCCUGCUGACGCCGUUGAUAGAAAGUGAUAGUUUUUAUCAUCUUUUAUGUGGAUUUUUGUCAUUUUAUUGAGUUCAAAAUGCUCGCUACAUGUGAUGGCUGUUGAAUUUGAUCUGUCACUGUCAGUAGCAUCCAUAUGAGAGGCUGGGUUACAUAAUUUAACCGUGUGUGCAUGUCAAUGCUGUGCUAAAAAAAACUUGUUUGUUGAGUUUACGAACAUGCCGUCGUUGUCGCCGCUUCAGGCCCACCAGGACCACCCGACAGCAACGGCCGACGGUGACCCGCCGGCUUACCAUGGAGCUCUUACACCAGUCCAGCAAAUGAUAGCUUCAGGGACAGGAGCCAUUUUAACAUCUUUAUUUAUGACUCCAUUGGAUGUGGUGAAGAUACGACUUCAGUCUCAGAUGAAACCUAUGGCUAAAGUAGGACAGUGUUUUCUGUACUGCAAUGGAUUAAUGGAUCACAUCUGUCAUUGUACAAAUGGAAAUGGAAUGAAAGGAGCCGCCGCAGCAUCCAUCAAUGCUAACGCUUGGUACAAACGACCCGGACACUUCAAUGGAACAUUUGAUGCAUUCUUUAAGAUUGCAAAACAUGAAGGAAUUACAACGCUAUGGAGUGGACUUCCGCCAACACUCCUCAUGGCAGUACCAGCCACUGUCCUUUAUUACACAUGCUAUGACCAACUCAAGGAGUGGAUGGGUUAUGAAAAUGGAAAGUCUAGCUUGGCGAUACCCAUGGCAUGUGGAGGGAUAGCAAGAGUAUUCGCCGUGACGGUGAUCUCUCCUCUGGAGUUGGUUCGGACCAAGAUGCAGUCACGACCUUUGACCUACAAUGAGCUGGUAGGCUGUAUCCGGACAUCUGUAAAUGAAGAAGGCUUGUUAUCACUAUGGAGAGGUCUGGGUCCCACACUUCUCAGGGAUGCUCCAUUUUCAAUGUUAUUGUGGAUGAACUAUGAGUACAUGAAAGCUAGAGUCUGUCUGAGAUACCACAUGAAGGAACCAACAUUCCUAGCUUCGUUCUUCUCGGGUGCUGUCUCAGGAGUUAUUGCAGCUGUUUUGACCAAUCCAUUUGACGUCGUCAAGACCCAUCGGCAGAUAGAGCUUGGAGAUGCACUGUUUAGUAAAAAUGCUAAAGCGGAAUCUGUGUCAACCUGGCACAUCUUGAGAACAAUCUAUGCCCAACAAGGAGUUAACGGCCUCUUUGCAGGAAUUGCUCCAAGAAUAGCUAAAGUUGCUCCAGCAUGUGCUAUGAUGAUCGGAACGUAUGAAUUCAGUAAGUCCUUCUUCCAUAAACGCAACGCGGCCUUGGCGAUGCAGACAUAGCUGUAGAAGUAAAUCACUGUUAUCAGAAUAGUUGGAAGGGUUUCUCAAGAGGAACUUGGAGGCAAUCAACUGCAGUCAAUGCCACAGAACUACUUCAGUAGCACAGGAGUCAUUCUGCAAACAAUGGUUUACGAUCCCCAAGGAAUGUAAAUGGGUUUUCUUCUUCCUUGAACUGGUUGCCUGUAAAGAAAGAUGGGAGGGGGGGCGGGGGGCUCAUUCUUAUUGUAGACUACCAAAUUGGGUCAAGGGUUCCUUUUGGAUGUGACUUGUGAGGCCAAGAUUUUGCAGUUUAACUUUUAUACAAAGUGCGAGUACUUGCUAGGGUUUAAUAGAUGUAAAUUUUUGCAUCAAGAAUGAAGAGUAAUUGGUUUUUACCUUUAAACCAAUGUGCGACUGUGUAAAGCACUGUUUACUCAAAACUUCCACUGGGCUAUCUUGGUGGUCUAGUGGUAAGACAUCUGCUCUAGUAAUGCAAAGGUUGUGGGUUUCAAUCCCACCCAUGUGAUUUACCUGUGGAUUUUGUUUUCACUGCACUUAUGAAAGUACUGAGUAUACAUCGGUGUAAGGGAAAAAACAUGAAGUAUUUAUACUUGCUAGGGGCAUCCUCCAUGCUAGGGGGUUUAGGUGUUACAUUAACAUUUUCAGAAAACUUGGGAAAACGUUUAAUAUAGUUGGACAACUAAAGAAGGUAAAUUAAAAUCUGUGAAUUUUCUUAUUUUUGUUGGCACCAAGCAACCUAACUUUAU